CAGGAAUGGCCGGCCUCUGCUUCCAAGGACGCUUACUCUCCUUUUUCAACUACAGAAAGAAAAAAUUUGUCAACUCCAAAAAUAAGACAGUUGGAGUUUUGUACAGACUUCUUCAGCUGUGUGUCAUCAGUUACAUUAUCGGGUGGGUCUUUGUGAGCCGGAAGAGCUACCAGGAGACGGACGAGGCCGUCCAGAGCUCCGUCGUCACUAAAGUGAAGGGAGUCUCGAUGACUAACACCGCGGACUCCGGUCUGCUGGUGUGGGGGCCCGAGGACUACGUCAUCCCACCACAGGCGGAAGAUGUUCUCUUUGUUGUCACCAAUUUCUUAGAGACGCCGAACCAGACGCUGGGACACUGUGCUGAGAGUUUCAAAGUGGUCGACGGUCGAUGUCAAGGCGACGAUGACUGUGAGGAGGGGAAGAUGGUGACGGCUGGUAACGGGAUCAUGACUGGCAAAUGCGUGACAAAAGGUGAAAACUCUACUGGUUCCUGUGAAGUUUUCAGUUGGUGUCCCAUCGAGAAAGAAUACAAACCCAAAGACCCUCUGCUGACAAACGCUGAAAACUUCACCAUCUACAUCAAGAAUUUCAUUAAUUUUGCCAAGUUCCAGUUUUCUAAGUCCAACGUUAAAGAAACCACCGACGAGUCCUAUUUGAAGGGGUGUCGAUACGACGAGGAGCUCCACCCCUACUGCCCCAUCUUUCGCCUGGGCGACAUCACCAGGCGAGCUGGACACAACUUCCAGGACAUGGCCACAUCUGGGGCCCACAUUUGCAUAAUGGUCGAGUGGAACUGUGACCUCGACAGAGGCGACUGCCAUCCACAGUACCGCUUCGCUCGCCUGGACAUCAGCGACUCCAACCACACCAUCGCAGCAGGGUUCAACUUCAGACACGCUCGCUAUUUUAAAACUGCUGCCGGUGAGAGCUAUCGAUCUCUAUUCAAAGUCUACGGUAUCCGAUUUAACAUCAUGGUGCACGGAAAGGCUGGGAAGUUCAGCAUCAUCCCAACACUCAUAAACCUUGCUGCAGGAAUGACUUUGAUGGGUGCCGGGGCUUUCUUGUGUGACAUCGUCCUCCUCUAUCUAAAGAAGAUGAGGGUCUCAUGUCUAGAGAGGAAGACCAAAAGAUCCAAGAAUGAGAGGAGAGUUUCUGAAGAGGGCGGUGUGGAGGACAGAGAUAUGUUGUAAUAGGGCCAUGUAGUCCAGCAGAUUAAGUCAACAUUGCAUGAGAAUUGUUCACGCUGUGAUAAGCACCAAAUUUGGCUAUCAAGUACUUUAUAAUCAGAAAAGCACUUGCCGAAUAUGGAAUUAAGGUCUUUCAGUGUAGAACUUUAACGACAUGGCAUAUUUAGUUGAUCUAGACAUUGAAAUGCACAUAUUCUGACGUAAGCUAUUUAAUCGUGCCACAGAAAAUUCCAUAUAGCUGCUUUUUUCAAGAGAAUGGCCAUUUGUUAGACAAAA